AUGACUGUUAAAGAGCGGCAGCGGUUAAGCGAGGGUAAGGAGAAGUUGGAUGCAUCAGGCAGUUUCUGUUCAUUUGACAUUUCAUUGGUUCUUAUUGGUGAUAUAAAUGACAUAUAUUGGUAUUAUUUUGAGCAGGAAACUUUGAUGGAAUUUCGUGCCGGUAAAAUGAUCAUAGAGGGGAAAAAAGUUAUCCCUGAUUCACGGAAAGGACUUGUUCGUAUAGGCAGGGGUGACGAGGGACUACUCCAUUUUCAGUGGCUUGACCGUAAUCUCAACAUUGUCGAAGAUGAUCAGAUUGUUUUCCCAGAGGAGGCAGUUUUUGAGAAGGUCAAUCAAUCAUCUGGAAGGGUCUACAUCUUGAAGUUCUGUACCGACGAUAGAAAGUUUUUCUUUUGGAUACAGGAGCCAGCAGCUGACAAUGAUGCACAGAUAUGUAGCUCAGUCAACUUCCACUUGAAUCAACCACUUGAGUUCCCUGGUGAAGAUGAGCCUGAAGCUUCAGCUCCAUUACAAAAUUCUGAAGAUAUGGUAGAGGAAGAUAUUUCAUCGAGGGCGGGAAAUUUGGUUAGUGCAAGCAUGAAUACUGAAGCAAGUAGUGAUGUAACGUCUUCGGGUCCUGUAAAGUUGGCUGAUCUUCAAAGAAUAUUGAGUAACAUAGGAUCCACAGAUGAGGCUGUAGAUCCUGAUGCAGGAUUGGGAUUGGGAGAUAUUUUGAGGCCUGAGCUCAUAUUACCACUGAUUGAAGAAAUACCACUAGAAGGAGAACUAGCUUCACACUUGCCUGAGGGCCAUUGGACACCACAUGAAUUAUUGGAGUUGCUGCAGAGUCCCCCAUUCCGCCAGCAACUAGACUCGUUUACUUAUGUUCUUCGAACUGGACAAAUAGAUCUGACUCAGUUUGGAAUUGAUCCCAGUCAAUAUAAGUUAACGGUCCCAUCUUUUCUUGAGGCACUGGAAGAUUCUGUUUCCGGUGCAUCAGGAUCCAACGAGUCAAGGCAGGAUGAGAAGGAUGUAAGAUCUCAAACGUGUAACAGAAGUGAUCCCAUGGAUGAAGGCCAUUAAGAUAUGAGUCCAAAUCAGUACAAGAUGCUCUUAUGGAGUUCUCACAAUGUUGAUUCCCCUUGUUUAUUUUAGAGAAAAAGAAUUGAUUUCCAGAUUAUGUUGUUUACUAGCACUGUAAAGAAUUAAUGAUUCAGGGUGAAGUUUCUUUCAUUUCUUGCCUCAUUUUAUGCAGACAGUAUACGGCAAAUUGUGUUCAACUUAUUAUUGCAGCUCUUCAGGUGAUAAGACAUUCAAAUCA